AGAGAGAGAGAGAGAGAGAGAGAGGUCUCCUCCUUCUCCUCUGCUUUUAAUAUUUACUUCAUCCAGAGCAGCGGCGGCUUUAAGCCUUAACAACAACAGCACAUAUGCACUGAUGUAAAGAGGAGCCCGGCCCUGAUCCACCGGUCAGCUCCAUCUGCUGCAGGUUAUUAUUUAUUAUUUUAACUUUUGAUUUCCUGAACAAAUAUCGGAGAGGAUGGUCUUCGCGCCGCAGCUCAACAAGUCUCUUUUAUUUUUCACACAUUAACUGUGGAUGGCUGCGGAAUGGAGAUAGCCUUGGUGAGUUUUGAGAACGGCGGCGCUAAAGGGAGCGGUGGAGGUGGAGGUGGAGGCAACAAUGCCGAGGAGAGCUGCCGGAACGCGCUGGAUGUCCCUCAGUCGGGCUUCGUUCAAACUGGACUGGGAGAGGACUACAGCAAGGAGCUGAACACCCGGGGGAGUCCUCAGCAGCCGCGGCAGCAGCAUCAGCUCCAGAGCUCCUGGAAAAUCAACGACAUGAACAACACUUUCAGCUGCAGCGAGAACGCCAUGGAUGCGCUUUUACGCGCGGACCACAGUCCUCAUCUGUUCGACGAGGACAUGCUGGACAUGGACAUGGACACGGAGAGCAACGAGAGGGUGCUCAUCAACAUAGCCGGGCUGAGGUACGAGACCCAGCUGGGCACCCUCAACCAGUUCCCGGACACUUUACUGGGAGAUCCGACCAAGAGGAUAAAAUACUUCGACCCGCUCCGGAACGAGUACUUCUUCGACCGCAACAGGCCGAGUUUUGAUGGGAUUUUGUAUUUCUAUCAGUCGGGGGGGAAGAUCCGGAGACCUGUCAAUGUGUCCAUCGAUGUGUUCGCGGAUGAGAUUAGGUUUUAUCAGCUGGGGGAGGAGGCCAUGGAGAGGUUUCGCGAGGAUGAGGGGUUUAUAAAGGAGGAGGAGAAGCCGCUGCCUCAGAACGAGUUCCAGAAACAGGUCUGGCUCAUAUUCGAGUACCCGGAGAGCUCCAGUCCGGCCCGGGGCAUCGCCAUCGUGUCCGUGAUCGUCAUCACCAUAUCCAUCAUCACCUUCUGCCUGGAGACGCUGCCGGAGUUCAGGGAUGAGAGGGAGCUGCCGGUCACCAGCCGGCUGGACAACAGCACCGCGCCCCGGCCGUCCCUCACCUUCACCGACCCCUUCUUCAUCAUCGAGACCACAUGCGUCAUCUGGUUCACGUUCGAGCUCUUCGUGCGCUUCUUCGCGUGCCCGAGUAAGUCCGAGUUCUCCAAGACCAUCAUGAACAUCAUCGACAUCAUGUCCAUCAUGCCUUACUUCAUCACAGUGGGCACGGAGCUGGCGGAGCAGCAGGGCCAGGAGCACCAGAACGGCCAGCAGGCCAUGUCUCUGGCCAUCCUGAGGGUCAUCCGCCUGGUCCGGGUCUUCAGGAUCUUCAAGCUCUCCAGACACUCCAAGGGGCUCCAGAUCCUGGGGCAGACCCUGAAAGCCAGCAUGCGGGAGCUGGGCCUCCUCAUCUUCUUCCUCUUCAUCGGAGUCAUCCUCUUCUCCAGCGCCGUGUACUUUGCAGAGGCGGACGAGCCGGAGUCGCACUUCUCCAGCAUCCCUGACGCCUUCUGGUGGGCCGUGGUCACCAUGACAACCGUGGGCUACGGCGACAUGAGGCCGGUGACGGUCGGGGGAAAGAUCGUGGGCUCGCUGUGCGCCAUCGCCGGCGUGCUCACCAUCGCGCUGCCGGUGCCGGUCAUCGUGUCCAACUUCAACUACUUCUACCACCGGGAGACGGACCAGGACCAGUCCUCCCUGAAGGACGAGCCCAACAGCGGCCGCGCGAGCCCCGAGCUCAAACGCAAAGGGAGUAAAUCGUCAACCAAGUCGCAGGACGUGGAGAACAACGACGCGGCCGCUUCGGCGGAGAAGGCGAACAUCAAGGCGAACAGCAGCAUGGACUUCAAGAGAUCCCUUUACGCUUUCUGCCUGGACACGCGGGAGACAGACCUGUAGACCUGCAGACCUGCAGCCCUCACUUUAUUUAAAACUAUUAAGGCCCAUAGUUGUGUAGAAUAAACCCCCGUUAAUGGGCUCUUAAGUCUUUGCACAUGGCAGCCAGGAGGAUCAACACAUCUCAAUCCUGAAAAGUUUUAAGAGCGACUGGGGUUCAUUUAUAAAAAGCACAUUUUAAUCCCUGAGCACAUCCGUUAGUGGAAAAACUGAGGAGUUUAUGAACAAACCACGGUGCAUGUGAUGCAACACAGUGGCCCUUUAAUAAAGUAGGAACACCUAAAGAACAUUAACUCAUGGAUGAAUUAGUUUGAGGAGGGAAAAUAGGACAUGUAGCCUGUGCUACAGAUAAUCAAGGACAAGCAGGACUUGGAAUAAUUACUUGACAUCAGGAGAGGAUUAACAGCACCAACUAGUACUGUACUCUUUGUACAUAAUGUAGGAAACAGUCCAUACUCUGUAGUGCAACAAAAGAAAAAGCCAAAUUUUUGUUUUUUUUUCGUAUCCUCCCAACAUUUAGUCGUUAUGUUUACACUGAAAAGUUGCAGCAAAUCUGUACAUAUUUCCCAUAGGCCUACUGUUUAUGAAUUGGAUUAUGGUGUUAUUGUAGAUUUUGAGGAACAAGAACAAAAAAAGAAAACAAGUAUAUUUUUUUGAGAUGCAGACAGCUGUUCUCCUCCACUCAGGUUCUGUCAAAGAGGUGAAACACUUUUCCUUUUUCACCCUCAGAGAACCUAAAGAGAAGAUUUGUAGACGUUGAACAACAGCCUUGUUUAUCUUCGUUUGAAACUAAAGAAAGAAGACUUUUUGAAUUUUUAAGAAAAAAAAAAAAAAAGGACAUAAUGUGGAAGUAUGUGAACCGAAGGAGUGACAGCCAAGAAAAGAGGACAGCGCAGAGACCAUCUGGAGAGAUCAAGCAACACUGAUACCAGAGAGUUGAAGCCCUGCCCUCCGACCAUCAGGAGAGUCGACCGACCGCAGGAACCCCCUCCACCUUGGAAACUAUAACCACGAAAAAAAACUGCUGCUGCUCUUCAAAAAAACAAACAAACAAACAAACAAACAAACAAAAAAAAAACAGCAUCUUCGACCCUUUUUUUGGAACUCUGUGCCUUCAACCAAAAUUCACCAGUGAUACUUCUGAAGCUUUUCUUUUGCUCUUUUUUUAGUUUCUUUUUCUUUGGAGCAGGACUCAGAGGAUACAGCAUCUGCCUGAUGUAGGAGGGCCUGGGAUUGUGCUGCUUUGUCUCUCUGGAGAAAAAAAUAAUAAUAAUAAUCAAACCUAACCAGGACAUGCAACUUUUGAUCAUUUUAAUGUCCUAACGUUAUUUUUUUUCUACAAGUUGUGUCAGUGAUUUACUUCAUAUCAGAAGGAAUCCCUUGCUGUGCAAUAUCAGUCCAUAUUUAUGUGAAGUUGUCAUGUGGAUGUAGACUUUGGAUGAACUUUUUGGUUUAUUUUUGUAAUGAUGUUUUCCUGAUUUCUAUUUUUCUAAAACGAUAAGACAGAUGAAGGGAGAAGAAAAAAAAAAAAUCAUCUGAAUACAUUUGAGGGAGAGCGGACGUUUGGUUGUUGCUAAAAGACGAUUUUGUCCAAGUUUAGUUUUCCUCAGCUGCAUCCCCUCCUGCUCCGACCAGGGCCAAAGCCAUAGCCUAUCUCAGAUAACAAUGCGCCAGGCGUUUUAAACACUCCCUAACAGCAAGAUGCAUUCAGGGUCUCACCGUUCUCGGGGGGGGCUGACAUCACGAGCCCCUCUUUGUCAGCUCAUCUUAGCUGUUGGAUUUUUCGAGCGAUGUUUUUGGUUUCUACUGUACGUUCAGGGGCUUGAAUCUGAAGUAUUUAGUAUUCUCUACCUUUGUGUGGCCUGUUCUUCUUGCUGUUAUUUUGUACUUCCUCCUACAUAUCAAUCGAGCAACUAUAAGUGGCAUGAAUACAUAUGUGUGUGCAAGUGGGGAAAGAAUGAGUGAGUGCCAGAGUGGGAGGUGAAAUACUGUAAAUUCUCAAAUAAAAUACAAGUAAUGGUCAUGAUUAAGUAAAGAUAGCUAACAUCAGUCUCUUCCUGAAAGCUACGCUGAAUACCUGACAAUCUGCAGGUAUUUCUGGAUCCUCACAGACUCUUCUGACCAUCUGGAUGAAAUUAUAUUACAUAUGUUGAACAAUUAAAGAAAAUGAUUUGAUUUUUAAUCAGUUUUGCAAAGAUGGCGGCUGAAGAUUUUGUAUCUUUGUGCCCAAUUUGUGCGACAUAAACCGAAAUUAAAACAUUUAACGAUCAGUAAUAUUCGUUUACAUUGAUGUUGGUUUCUUUAAUUCUAUAUUUUUAUACAAAAUAUGUUUACUUAAUGCGUCGUUUCUUGUAUCGAGCGAGGACAUAUGUCAUUUUCAGGCAACAUAGAAAGGAAAGAGAUUGGGGUUAAAAAUCUUUGAAAAGUUUUUUGAUACCUGCAAAACUCAUGACUAAAUUCACGUUAGAUUUGUGCCUUGUUAGCUGAUAUUCACAAGAAGAGUCUGGACCCUGUUAGUUUAUCUCAGUCCGUCAGUGCUGAACAGGGUUAAGGUCUGGUUGACAACUCUGAAACUAAUAUAUGGACUUUUGUAUUUAGGUUUGGGAAUGAAUUACUGCUGCACAAUGCUGACACCAGGUAACUGUUCUGGAAACCCCCUUUACAUCUACUUAUAUUGUAGGUAGUAAAUAGUGUAUCAGGCUGUUUAUCAGGCCUCCAGAAGUAAAAGUCCUGUUUAUUUUUGCUAUUAAUAAAAUAAGAUGACUUUAAUUAUUAGGAAUAUAAUUCAAAUAGAAUCCAGUAUUUGAGAAUUUACAGUAAUUCCAGUUUUAUUGUUUCAACCCUGUUUUCUGCAGUUGUGAAUCGUGUUCUGUGUUUCCUCGAAGCUGCUAUCCCUGUACUGUGUAGAUUGGAGAUGUCCAGCCUUACCCCUCAACUCCUACAAACAUCCUCCAUUAGCUCUCCAUAUUACCUCACAACACACACACUCACAAACACACACAUAUUUAUCUUACAGGCUGAUCGGGUUUUUAUUGAUUUCAGUUAAAUGCAUCAGUGGUUCACUAGAUUCAGUUUGUGCCUUUUAGGGAAUUGUCAUGUUCACAAUAAUGUUCAGUUCUGUGAUGUUUUCUUUUUGAAAUCUGUUUUACAAGGUGCAUCUCUGUUCAUUUAACCAAACAAAGAUGGCAACUACUGUAAAGGUGAUACGACGUGUGGCCAAAAGUAUGUGGAUGUUUAAACCAGUUUAGUUCUGGCUAAUUCUUGCAAACCGAGCAUGGUUACUGUUGAUCUGGGCUUAACUUGGUUGGACCAAAGGAUCCUGGAUCAGAACUAGUUUGUAUGAUGUGUUAAACAUGCUCACGUUGCUUGGAACUGCAAGGUUGUGGAGAUUUGGGAGGUGAUAUCGUUUAAAUAUGGGGACUUUAAACUUUAGGCAGAGUCCUGGACUAACGCUACCUGGGUAAUAGCUUCUUUGCUGAGGCAGGAAUAAGAGGAAAUGCAUGAGACUCACAGGAAGGACACAAAAGCUCUGAUAAGUGGGUGUGAAUUCACAGACGCCCCCGACUCGAAUGUUUGAAAGGUGUGGAAGGACGGGGGUUUCUCCAUCCAAACCAGCCCCAGAACUAAAUAAAUGGUAAAUAGACCUCAUUUACAUUAGUCUGUCAGCCACUCAGAGCGCUUUACAAUAUCUCAUUCACCCAUUCACACAGUGAAUCAUCAGGAGUUACACCAGAGCACAGGGACAGACUUCUGGUUGUAUCUUACAUAUCAUUCUGACACAUUAUUUUUAUAUGGAAAUGAAAAUAUGAAAGAAACUAGACUAAACUCGAUAAAUGAUCCUGACAGAACUUGUGGUGACGUGCUGCACGGCAGGAGCGACGACGAGUUUCCUUCUUUGUUUGGUUCAAACACUUUCAAAAGGGUUUAAAAACCUGCUCUAUGAAACACUUCAUGUAAUAUCUCUUUGUACUGAACAGUGUCAGAGUAUCUCAGAAAUGAAGAAACCUGUUUAGGAGUUUGAUUUGUGCAUUUUUCUUUUUGCUUUUCUUUGACUGGACUGUAACCAUAACAACAACAACAAAAAACCCCUCAGAGGCACAAACUGGCGCUCAUGGUCCACAAAUCUGUUUCAAUCAAAUCCACAUUUUACAACAUUUCUUAAAAAGCAACUGUUUGUAGGCAAACCUGCAAAGUGUUUUGAUUUUCUUUUGUUUUAUUUAUUCAUUUUUACUGCAUGGUUUUGACUGAAUACAGCCCUAUGAUGUUGUGCUCUGCCAACAGUAGUGGAGGUAGUUCCCCCUCCUGUGUGGAGUCACUAAGACUUUGCUGCCUGUGAGUGUGAAUCAUCCGUGACGCUGCCUCCGUCCAUCAAGUACCUUUACUGACACCGUUCCCCAAAACAACGCUGCCAAAUUGGUCUGAAUAAGCCAAAACUUUCUGACGUUCUCUGUGUAUAAGUGGUUUAAGUGUAUCACAUGUUAAACCUCAAUCCCGUUAAUGUUACAUUGUGUUUUUAACAAAAAAGAAUCCUGUUUGUUAAAAUGUUAAUAAUAUAUGCAGAAGAGUUAUGAAAUAAACUGAAACUAACUCAA